AUGUCUCAACAAACCAUCAUUCUCAUCACAGGCGCGAAUUCAGGAGUGGGCUACGCAACCGCCCAAACUCUAGCCUCGCACCCAAACCACCAUGUGAUAAUGGCCUGCCGUGACCUCCAAAAGGGCCAACAAGCCCUAUCGGAACUCCAAAGCAAAGAUCUCAAGGGAACACUAUCCCUACUCCAACUGAACGUGGAAGACGACACCUCCAUAACCCAAGCCGUCAACACCGUCAACAACCAAUUCAACCGACUCGACAUCCUAGUCAACAACGCCGGCUCAGCGGCACCCAACAGCACCGGCCGCGCGAGAAUGAACCUGAUCUUCUCGACAAACGUGAUCGGCGCAACUAUGGUCGCAGAGGCUUUCACGCCCCUCCUCCUCAAAUCAGAGAAACCCUAUGUGAUCCAGAUCUCCAGUAGUCUGGGCUCAAUGAGUAUGGCAACUGAUCCCAGUAGCGAAUCUUAUCCGGUGCCUUGGGAUGACUACCGCACGAGCAAGGCGGCGCUGAAUAUGAUGACUGUUCAGAUGCAUAAGCGGUUGCAGAGUCAUGGUGUGCGGGUUUUUGCGUUCUGUCCUGGUCUUGUGAGGUCGAAUUUGAGGGGCGUCGAUGAGGCUGCUGUUAGUGCGCGUGGAAUGGCUGGGGAUCCGUUGGAGUCUGCUAGGGGGAUUUUGGGGAUUGUACUUGGGGAGAGGGAUGGGGAGCAGCAGACCAAGGAACCGGAGUCCGUGCCGAUGGAUCUACCGCCUUCUCUUAGUGGGCUUCUCGAGGCCUUUUCCAAUGCCGAGGAUGUAGAUCGGCUGGAACGAGGCGGGGAUGAUCUAGGUCCCUUUGCGCAGUUUGUCGCAUCAGGGAACAGUUAUCUUACGACGAUAAAUGAGCUUCUCUCGCCGCAGACCCCGGAUCUUAUUCCGGGGGAGCACAAUCAGCCCUUCGAACUGCAGCGAAGUUUCCAAGCCCCGCUUCCGAAUAUCUCUGAAGAAAGUAAAGGAUAUCUACAUUUGAAAGGAGCUCUCAGAAUAGUGACCAUUGAACUUCGGAAUGAGUUGCUUGGGGCUUAUAUCAAAUAUGUGCAUCCUCUCUUGCCUGUCAUUGAUUUGCAAUGGUUCUUAUUCAAUGUCAUGGUCGAGGAUGAAUCCCAAUUUCCAAGUCCGCUUCUUCAUCAAGCUGUCAUGUUGGCUGGGAGUGCAUUUAUUGAGCAGGAAGCUGCCAUCAAAGCUGGGUUCUCGUCACGGAAAGCAUUGCGAAGAACAUUAUUUGCGCGAGCUAAGCUUCUUUAUGAAUUUGAGACCGAGCCCAACGCAUACACCCAGAUCCAAGCUUUGCUACUCAUGAUGCAGUGGCAUGGAAGUGGAGGUGGCCACAAAACCCCAACAUACUGGUUCGAUCUCGCCUAUUCGACAGCAGAGCGCGUCGGUCUCCUUGCGAGUUUAGAAACAGGUAGUUUUUCACACAAGCACAGACUGUGGUGGUGUCUCUAUGUGCGCGACCGCAUUCUCUCCCUCGGCUUCCGUCGACCACUACGAAUCCCAAACAGCGAUGUCACAAUGUCGCUGCUAGAGGCUACGAAAUACUAUUCCUCUGAGCCAUACCAUGAACUCGUGCUGGUUAUGCUGGGUGAAGCAUCAGCCAUGCUCAACUGGGAAAACCAAGAGCGAAUGAUGCUUCUGUUCAUCCAGGAGAUUAAGCUUGCUCAUUGCGUGGGCGUCAUCAUCAAUCUUCUUUACCAAGAUGCUUGGUCGCCGUCGCCGUCGGGAGACUGUGAAUACUCCAUGGUACCCAAGUCAAAUAUCUCACAGGCUGCCAUAACGGGAUGCGAACAGCUUCUGAAAACCUGGAUUCAGAAUCUCCCUGCCCCGGCACAUUACUACUCCCCGUCACUCUUGCAUCAUUGCCAUACAGAGUCUCCGGAGAUCGUUCUUCUCGUGCAUCAGGCUUUCCUGUAUCUCCUCCAUCUCACUGCGAUGUCCAUACUCUGCCAAGCUGCGUCGUGCGGAGGAGAUGGUCUCAAGACCACUAUAGCCUCGGAAAUGAGAGGCUUGACUUUGCAGGUCAAUGAGACUCUCAAUGAGCUGCAUGACUGCAGGAUGCUUCAUUUUCUCCCUGGAAGCACUAUUACUAUAUUGAUUAUUAUUCUUGAGGCAAGCCUUCCUGAUCUGAAGGUUUCGGAUGAUAUUGUGAGGAUGCAGGCCAUGUCGAACUUGUACACCUGUGAGGAAGCGGCUGGGCAUUUACUACAAACAUAUCCCGCGGCCGAGAUUGUUCUCUCACAGGCGCAAAAUGCUCGUGGACAUCUCUUGGGGUUGAUCGCAACUUGA